GAAAAGAGCAUUGAAUUCGAAUCUCCCUCCCCGACGAUUCAUCACCGUCGUUCAAUCUUCUUCGUUUUAGAAUAUUAAUGGAUCGAGCAUGUGGCUCCUGCGCCAUUCGAUACUUCUCCGCCAAGUACUUACUCCACUGCCAGUGCCAGAGAAGAUGACUUGUAGAAACGACAGGCUUGCUGCGAGCUCUGGAUUACCAGCGUCACCCGCCACCCCCAGUGGAAAUUCUGUAAUUCCUUACGAUUCCGUGUCAAGCUGUGGGUCUUGGUCCAAUAUUUCUGCUGGUUUUAAGAGUGGAAAGCCCCAUAACAGAAACGAAAAUUGGCAGAUGAUAAUGGUCGGAAGUUUUGAGAUUUAUUACAAGAUUUCUGCUGUGGCAUCUGGUAUUAGAUUAAGGCAACUUGUUCUCAUGUCUGCAUCAGGUCCUACUGAUAAGGGAAUAUCAAAUAGUGCUUAUAUUCAUUUCAAUAAAAGGAAAUAUCAAAUGGAUUCAAUAUCAAAGCUAGUUAAUAUGGAGGAUGCUGCUGCAAGUUCAAGUUCUCAGAAUGCAACUAAGUUUCCACAUGAGAGCGCUAUGUCUGAUUGCCGAAGCGAGAUGGAGAAAUAUUGUUUGCCUACAGAGUUUGGGAAUAAAAGAAAGCAUUUCAGUGCAGUAAAGCCUCCUUCUGAACCAAGAAAUAUGAAAUAUGGAUAUGCUUCCAAGAAUUCAGAUUGUUCCAAGGGUUUUCGUUAUAAUGAACCUUUCGAUAUAUGCUUGUCUGGAAGCAGAAGUUAUGAACUUCAAGCUUCUUUGUAUGCAAGAAAUAUGGAAAACCAGAAUGAAGAAGAUCACGUGGUUGAAUUUACAAAUCCAGAAGCACUGAAUUCCACCAAUCUAAUACUGAGGCAGGGGAUGGUAUUAUUGAAACAUUUUGUCACCCACACUGAACAGGUUGAAAUUGUGAAGAAGUGCAGGCAGCUUGGUCUAGGUCCUGGGGGCUUUUAUCAGCCUGGUUACAAAGAUGGAGCAAAACUUCGUCUGCAGAUGAUGUGCCUUGGCCACGACUGGGAUCCUGAGACUAGGAAAUAUGGCUCUAGACGAACAAUCGAUGGUACUCAGCCUCCUGCUAUUCCUCAUGAAUUUAGUUUGUUGGUUAAAAGAGCAAUUGAAGAGGCGCAUGCCCAUAUUAAAGAGGAACUCAGAGUUAGCAGUGUGGAAGAGAUACUUCCUUCAAUUUCUCCUGAUAUAUGCAUUGCCAACUUUUAUACAACCAGUGGACGACUUGGCCUCCAUCAGGAUCGCGACGAAAGCGAAAAGUCUCUCAGAGAAGGAUUACCUGUGGUCUCCAUUUCUAUAGGUGAUUCAGCAGACUUCCUCUAUGGGGAUCAGAGAGACAUUGGAAAGGCAGAGAGUGUUGUUCUGGAAUCAGGAGAUGUGUUGAUAUUCGGAGGUCAUUCCAGACAUAUAUUUCAUGGUGUGACAUCCAUCAUUCCAGACUCAGCUCCAAUGAAUUUGUUGGAAGAAACUAAGCUUCAUCCUGGCCGUCUUAACCUUACCUUCAGACAGUUGUAGAGACCCGUUGUUUUCUAUCCGUACACAUUGUUUAGUUUUCAUUAUCGAAAGAUCACAAUCCAAUGGAUGGAGUAAUAUAUUUCUAAUAUUUCUACCAGUUCAUGUCCACCACUAGCUUUCUAUAGAAUCUUUUAUUGAGCUAUGCUUAUAAUCAACCCUAAUCCAAUUGUCGACUUUGAGAUUUACGCUGUGACUGCAACAUGUUUUAAUAGUUCUAGAGAAGCCAAUCCGGUGAGCUCAGUUCUUCCCUCUCUCACACACUGGUGAAACAAUUUGAUCAUGGCGGAUUUACGCUGUGACGCCAUAACCACCUCCUCUCUCACCAUAAAAAUCUGCAAGAUCUCUUAAACUAUGGGAGCAGAAAACAAAACCAAUAUCAUAUAUUUUAAGUAUGUCAGGAGUAUCCAUCACUUAAACCCACCUCACCACUUGGUUGCCUCGCACUGCCUCAUGAUGAACGAGUGCCUCUGUUGCUCACAAUCCCACCAGCCUUUCAUAAAUAUCGCACGCCACUCAAGAGAUUCAUGGCACACCUUUGUGAUUGAUGAAAACAUAUGCCUUCAUAAUCCUUACCACGACAUGAAAAUUUGAAACCGUAGAUUCUUUGGUUGAUUCAUGAGGCAUAAAGACUUAAUUCUGGGAAUAACUGUUGUACAAAUACAAAAUGCCUCAUGCCGAGUGUU